GCUUUGCAACCAAGACAGUGGCGCGAACCAUUCUGCGCUCAUAAUAGGGGGACAUUUGGGAUUGGAGUAAAUUAGUCUCUGACGAAUGUAACUUUAAAUUACAUUUUUUAAGAGAACCUAUAUUUCAAGCGUGUUCCUAGAGCCGUGAAUCGCCAAGGCUUAUCGGUUUUGUACAAGCAGUGCCGUCUUUAAGAACUCGAUGGUACGGUCCGAGUUCAGAACUAGAACGCUGUUUGGUGCGGUCCGUGGUGACGCAACUUCCGGAGUCGCGAUGGCGGUGGAUUUGACUCCGAGGUUCCGACGCAUAAACAGCCAGAGCGCCAGCAUGCGGGAAACGGGCCGGACGGCGUCGGCGGGCCCGUUCCGUGCCACCCAGCUGUGGCGGGACAUCAUCCACGCCCUGCAGACCCAGGUGGAGGUGAGGAGGCGGCGGCAGCACCUGCGGAUGCACAGCGGCUGCUUCGCCGGCUCGGACGCGGUGGACGUGGUGCUCAGCCACCUCAUGCAGAGCGCCUGCUUCCGCUCCGGCGCCGUGUCCCGGCUCAAGGCCGCCCGCCUCUGCCAGGCCCUGAUGGAGUCCCGGGUGUUCGAGCCCGUCGGCACCCGGCUGCUCCGCAGGGACAAGGAGCCGGCGUUCGAGGACACGAGCAGCAGCCUCUACCGCUUCCUGGACGGAGACGCCGGGACCCCGUCCGCCGACGAGCCCGGCGGCAAAAAGAAGACCAUCCCCAGGCUAGAACAAGUCACCACCAUUCCUAACCCGCUGGCCCUGGAGUCUUCCGACAGGAGAAUAGAGAAACUUCUUCAGAGCAUCAACCUGCGACCGACUCUGCCCUCGAACGCAAAGCCGGAGCAGCCAGCCGUGGUGCUGCCUAAAACAGUCGUGGCGGAGGUGUGGAAGCAGCAGACCCUGCUGCACCUGCUCCAGAUCGUCGACCUCCCCUUCCUGGACGGUGUUUUGGAGUCGCCGGCGAAAGCAGAGCAGCCGCGUGUGGCCCCGUCGCGUGGCUGCGCCGACCUCGUCAUCUCCAACACCUGCGUGGAGAGGGAGGUCACCCAGAGCCUGGACCUGCGCCGGUCAGUCCGCAGAACAUCUCCACACACCCCUGCGCAGUUCACAGGCUCGACAUGUGGCUUAUGGCUGCUAUUGACUGCUUAGAGUACUUCCCUGACCAGAUGAUCGUGGCAGCUGGAGAGCACUUGUCCCAGCAAUGUGCUGAUGGGCACGAGAGGGAGCACAUGCAGAAG